CGUCUUUAUAAAACCUUAGUUUUUUUUUGUGUUUUGCUAAAACUUAAAACUAAUCUAGAAGUUGAAAACAUUUUUUUUUUCUUUUUUUUGGGGGGUACUUAUGGGUAUGGAGCCGCCCCUCCCCACUCCUUCCCAGGAGGAAGCUUCCCUUGCCGUUGAUUACGUCGAUCUGCUUAUCACCGGUGCACGCUAUGGGGACGAAGAAGAUGUGACUACGGCACUGGCAGCAGGAGUAAACCCUAAUUCUGUGGAUGGGUUGGGGCGUACUGCCCUGCAUAUGGCUUCUGCUAAUGGACACACAAAUAUCGUCCGCAUUCUGAUCGGUCGCAAUGCAGAUGUGAACGCAAAGAACGAAGAACUGAAUACUCCACUUCAUUGGGCGGCGUUGAACGGUCACAAAGGUGUGGUAGAAGUGCUCAUGGAAGCGAAUGCCAAUCCGGCGGCUCUUAAUCGGUACGAAAGGACGGCUGUAGAUGAAGCCACUCAGAGGGGAUUCCAAGAUGUAGUGAAUGUCAUCGACCUGGCAAUGACACUAAGGGAUAGUCAGAACUUAAGUCUAGAGCUAGAUGAAUGAAUGACCGCUGAGGGAGGGAGGGAGGGAGGGAGGGGUGAAAUGAUGAACGUUAGGGAGGGAGGGAGUUAGAGAGUCUUCUCCCUCUGCCAGCCUUUUCCGAUCUAACCGUGGCCAGGAUGAAGCUUGGGUCAAACUUGGGUAAAACUCUAAGUGGAGGUCCAAACCGACUGAUGUUGAAAAACCGGCGGAUGAGCUGUGGUUAGUGGUGAAAUGCCACUCGAACUCCGAGCUAGCUGGGUCUCCCCGAAAUGCGUUGAGGCACGGCAAUUAACUGCACUAUCCAGGGGUAAAGCACUGUUUCGGUGCGGGCUAUGGAAGUGGUACCAAGGUGAGCACGGGGUCCGGUGGAUGAGCUGUGGUUAGUGGUGAAAUGCCACUCUAACUCCGAGCUAGCUGGUUCUCCCCAAAAGGCGUCGAGGCACGGCAAUUAACUGCACUAUCCAGGAGUAAAGCACUGUUUCGGCG